AAAGUAGUUACGCGGGUUACAUGUGUUUACACUUUGAGGUGUGUAUUUUCAAGUUAAUGAAUUGCCAUUUCAAAGAGAAAUUGGUGUGCCAUCUUACUCAAGGUAAACGCGCAUUUUAGCGCAACUUUUUGACCUCCCACUCGUGCUGUGACGUGCCUAGCAGCGGCUAGUAAUAAAUGUAAGGCGCAAUUUGAAGCGUCCAGUUGUUCUGCUGCUUCAGCAGACGCGCGUUAUCUCUGUCACAUGCGGCGGAGCACAUUCAGAAAGGACUGGAGUGCUUCCAUUGAUCGAUCUGGACUGGAGCAGCAAACCACUGGAAUACAUUAUCAGCGAUUCAUCUUACCAAAAUGAGCGGCGGUAAGAGGAUGGAGGAUGAGGCUGUGCUGGACAGAGGGGCCUCGUUACUCAAACACUUAUGUGAUCAGGAAGAAGUUGAAGGUCACCGCACCAUAUACAUCGGUGUGAAUGUACCUAAGAGCUACCGGCGACGGAGACGUCAUCGCCGACGCACCAGCCACAAGGACAGAAAGGAGAAAGUGACUGAGAACGCUUCGGACAGGUCGGAUGCAGAGAACAAUGAGGAGGCCAGCAACAGCAUCCUCAAACCACUCAUCUCACCUGCUGCUGAGCGCAUCCGAUUUAUUCUGGGAGAGGACGAUGACAGUCCUGCGCUCCCUCAGCUCUUCACAGAGCUGGACGAGCUACUGUCUGUUGAUGGUCAGGAGAUGGAGUGGAAGGAAACUGCCAGGUGGAUCAAGUUCGAAGAGAAGGUGGAAAAAGGUGGGGAGCGGUGGAGUAAACCACAUGUGGCCACUCUGUCCCUACAUAGUCUCUUUGAGCUUAGGACGUGCAUAGAGAAGGGCACCAUCAUGCUGGACCUAGAGGCAAACACACUGCCAGGGGUCGUUGAAAUGAUCACUGACAGUCAGAUUGAGAAUGGUCUCUUAAAAGCUGACCUGAAAGAUAAGGUCAUGUACACCUUGCUGAGGAAGCAUCGGCACCAGACCAAGAAGUCCAAUCUUCGCUCCUUAGCUGACAUUGGCAAGACGGUCUCCAGUGCAAGUAGGCUGUUUUCCACCCCGGAUAAUGGUAGUCCAACCACCACACAUCGCAACUUGAAUUCAAGCAGCCUGAAUGAUAUCUCAGACAAGCCGGAGAAAGAUCAGCUGAAGAACAAGUUCAUGAAGAAGCUGCCCAGAGAUGCUGAAGCUUCCAAUGUUCUCGUUGGAGAAGUGGACUUCCUGGACACUCCUUUUGUGGCCUUUGUGAGGCUGCAGCAGGCUGUCAUGUUGGGGGCGCUGACUGAAGUGCCUGUGCCCACCAGAUUUCUCUUCAUUCUUCUUGGACCCAAAGGCAAGGCCAAGUCAUACCAUGAAAUUGGUAGAGCAAUUGCUACUCUGAUGUCCGAUGAGGUCUUCCAUGAAAUUGCAUACAAAGCCAAGGACAGAGAAGAUCUCCUCGCUGGCAUUGACGAGUUCUUGGAUGAGGUCAUUGUCCUCCCUCCUGGAGAAUGGGACCCUGCCAUUAGGAUAGAGCCUCCAAAAUCCCUGCCAUCCUCAGAUAAAAGAAAGAACAUGUAUGCUGGAGGGGACAGCACACAGAUGAAUGGAGACACGCCUCACAGCGGUGGACAUGGGGGCGGGGGGCACGCGGUGGGUGAUGAGCUGAAGAGGACGGGGAAGUUUUGUGGAGGCCUUGUUCUUGAUGUCAAAAGAAAAGCUCCCUUUUUCUUCAGUGAUUUCUAUGAUGCGCUACACAUCCAGUCUUUGUCUGCCAUUCUUUUCAUCUACUUGGGAACAGUAACCAAUGCCAUCACGUUUGGAGGAUUGCUGGGUGACGCCACAGAGAACAUGCAGGGUGUGCUGGAGAGCUUUCUGGGUACAGCGGUGUCUGGAGCAGUGUUCUGUCUCUUGGCUGGGCAACCUCUGAUAAUCCUCAGCAGUACGGGGCCAGUGCUGGUGUUUGAAAGGCUGCUCUUCAACUUCAGCAGGGAGCAUGACUUUGACUACCUAGAGUUCCGUCUUUGGAUCGGCCUGUGGUCGGCCUUCUUCUGUCUAGCCCUAGUGGCCACUGACGCCAGUUUCCUGGUGCAGUAUUUCACCCGAUUUACAGAGGAAGGCUUCUCCUCGCUCAUCAGCUUCAUCUUCAUCUAUGACUCCUUCAAGAAGAUGCUGAAGUUGGCUCAUUAUUACCCCAUCAACUCAGACUAUAAAAUCGAUUAUGUCACGCAGUAUGACUGCAUGUGUAUGGCGCCCACUGUUGCCAAUUCUUCAGAUGUGUACACUGAUCCAUUUGAUUCAACUUUUAUCUGGACUGUAAAUUACAGCGAUACACGCUUGAAUGCCAGCUGGUCCUCACUGUCAAAGAAGGAAUGCUUGAAAUACGGAGGGGAGUUAGUGGGUAAAGCCUGCGACUUUGUGCCUGACAUUACCCUCAUGUCCUUCAUCCUUUUCUUUGGCACCUACACCUGCUCCAUGUGUCUGAAGAAAUUCAAGACAAGCCCAUUCUUUCCUACUACUGUGAGGAAACUCAUAAGUGACUUUGCCAUUGUCCUGGCUAUUUUGAUCUUCUGUGGUGUCGACGCUCUGGUUGGGGUCGAAACGCCAAAGCUCAUAGUGCCAAGCGAAUUUAAGCCAACAAGCCCAAACCGUGGCUGGUUUGUGCCUCCGUUCGGAGGGAACCCCUGGUGGGUGUACCUGGCAGCAGCUCUGCCUGCCCUGCUGGUCACCAUCCUGCUCUUCAUGGAUCAGCAGAUCACCGCUGUCAUUGUCAAUCGUAAGGAGCACAGGCUGAAGAAAGGUGCAGGCUAUCAUCUGGAUCUCUUCUGGGUAGCUGUGCUGUUAGCAGUAUGCUCUUUUUUGGGUCUGCCCUGGUAUGUGGCUGCUACAGUUAUUUCCAUCGCCCACAUUGACAGCUUGAAAAUGGAGACAGAGACAUCCGCUCCUGGCGAACAGCCUAAAUUUUUGGGUGUCAGGGAACAGAGAGUCACUGGUGUAUUUGUCUUCAUCCUUACUGGUCUGUCUGUCUUCAUGUCUCCUAUCCUCAAGCACUUUUUAAUGUUUGUGGUGCUGUAUGGAGUCUUCCUCUACAUGGGAGUGGCUUCUCUCAACGGAGUUCAGUUUAUGGACCGACUCAAGCUGCUCCUCAUGCCUGCAAAACACCAACCAGACCUGAUCUACCUGCGGCAUGUGCCACUGAGGAAGGUCCAUCUAUUCACUUUCGUCCAGAUGCUUUGCCUGGCGCUCCUCUGGGUCCUCAAGUCCACUGUGGCUGCCAUCGUCUUUCCUGUUAUGAUCUUGGCUCUGGUUGCUGUGAGGAAAGCGUUGGACUAUAUCUUCUCCCAGCAUGACCUCAGUUUCCUGGAUGAUGUCAUACCUGAGAAGGAUAAGAAGAAGAAGGAAGAUGAGAAGAAAAAGAAAAAGAAGAAACAAGGGAGCAUAGACAGUGACAUGGAAGAUGAGAAAAGUCCCCUUCAUUCCUUGACUGAUAUUCGUCGUGCUGAAAAUCGGCACUACUUUCAGACCAGCCCGAUGUCAAGUUCAGAGAGACUGCCAUUAAAUGUGCCUCAGAUUAAAAUAGAUAUGGACCCAGAUGACAACGAUGGCUACUACUGGAAGAGUCGAGGGUCUGAGACGUCCAUAUAACUCCUCCAAUCUGCUACAUACUGUAGAUUUUAUUAGCAAUUCCAAUUUGCAGAAAGCCGUUUGCCAAGGGAUCUUUUUAUAAAGACUGUCCCCCGUCACGGAUCCUUUCUGUGAAGACUAAAGAACGGCUUGAGGAAUGCUUGUCUUCCACUCACUUAAUCACUACAGUUUGCAAGUUAUAAUCCCUAAAUAUUAUGCAAUUCAGUUCAUUGUUUGUCUUAUGUGUUGAGCUGUAGAGAAAUGCUGUAGCAGUCCACAACUACUCUCUCCAUUAUUCAUCCCAUACAAUAUAAAUCUUUCUACCAAAUUCACUUACAGUAACAUGACACUAUUUUCCUUUUCCUUUGUUUUUUUGCUGCUCUACCUCUGUUUUACAUGGUAGGCAUUAUGUAAAAAGUUAACUUUUACAUUUUUAUUUGCACAGCAUGAGAUCUUAAUGGUGAUUUUUUUUUUAUUGUACAUCUUGAGCAAACUUUUCAACAAAUGACUUCUGUUAUGAUGGGGGGGA